AUGAGAGGAAAAGCAAUCUCCGAAGAUCAGCGGGUGUGUACAGGUGUAUCUGAGAGGAUGUACGCGCUGAAUAAAAGCAGGGGCCCACUACUGCCCACUAGUCACAAGCACAAGCACAAGCACAAAUACAAAUACAAGCACAAUAGCUGUGAGAAUCUGCGCAGAGGGACCGAUUUCGGCAGUACUCUCCGCGCUGCGUUCAGACUUUGGGGAUUGAGGAGAGCCAUUUCCGCAGAGAGCUCUGAUUGA